CACAUUUCGGCUUGCCAUCAUUCAACCGACCUACCACCGUCACUGCCACAGCAUGAACGUACCUACCGACUGGUGCUUCACACAUUACGCUCUCCAUCAGAUCUCACCCGGGCAACUGAAACCACCUCUUACAUAUAAACGUCCAUGUCUGCACCCAAAGAGUACGAUAUGGACACCGCCAGUCCACCCACCAAGCCCUCAGACUCCGAUAUAGAAGCGCAGCAACAAUGUCCCAUCUCGGAAAGCGAGAAGACCGUUCCAGUCAUCAAAGGCCUCGGCUGGCUCGACCGCUUCCUCGCUGUAUGGAUCCUGCUCGCCAUGAUCAUCGGCGUGCUGCUUGGAAACUUUGUCGAGUCGACCGGGCCCGCGUUGCAGAAGGGCAAGUUUGCUGACGUUUCGGUUCCGAUAGCCAUCGGACUGCUCGUAAUGAUGUAUCCGAUCUUGUGCAAAGUCAAGUAUGAGACGCUGCAUCAUUUGUUCAAGGAGAGAGCGCUCUGGAUACAGAUCGGUUUCAGCAUUAUAAUAAACUGGAUCAUUGCUCCAUUCCUCAUGCUCACACUUUCAUGGGCCUUCCUUCCAGACCGCUCUGAACUCCGCGAAGGGCUGAUCCUAGUCGGACUCGCACGCUGCAUUGCCAUGGUUCUCAUCUGGUCCGGCCUAGCAGGCGGCGACUCCGAAUACUGUGCCAUACUUGUCGCAGUAAAUUCCGUACUUCAAAUCAUUCUGUACGCCCCCCUAGCCAUCCUCUUUAUUACGGUCAUCAGUAGAGAGGAAGCCACGUUAGCCAUAUCCUACAGCUCCGUUGCUACAAGCGUAGCAGUAUUCCUCGGAAUACCUUUAGGCGCGGCAAUAUUGACCCGAUUUGCCCUCCACAAACUUGUAUCACCUUCCUGGUUCGACAAUGUGUUUCUAAAAUGGAUAGCGCCCUGGUCUUUGGUCGGUCUCCUUUACACAAUCCUCGUUCUCUUUGCCUCCCAGGGUCGUCAAGUUGUGCACCAGAUCGUGUCCGUCGUGCGCGUAGCUGCCCCUCUUCUCGUUUACUUUGUUGUCAUCUUCUUCUUUACACUGCUAGUUACACACAGAAUUGGCUUCGGAUACAAGCUCGCAACUACUCAAAGCUUCACCGCUGCGAGUAACAACUUUGAGCUCGCAAUUGCUGUUGCGGUGGCGACGUUUGGGCCGAAUAGCGAUCAGGCGCUUGCGGCAACUGUUGGACCGCUUAUUGAAGUACCGGUCUUGAUUGGGUUAGUUUAUCUGGUUAGGUGGAUUGGGAGGAGGUGGAAUUGGAAGGGGUAAGUAGUCGCUCGAGGCUAUUAGGUUAGGAUCGCAAUCUAUGAUAUCAUAAGGAAGGGG